AUGGAGGAGAAGAUGGAGACGGAUGGCCCCAGAUCCUCCAUGCCGGCUGAGCUUCACCAUCCCCAGCUUAAGUACUCUCAGUGGAAGUUUAAGCUGUUUAGGGUGAAGUCCAUGGAGAAGGCCCCUAUGCCCAGUGAGAUACAGCCAGAGAAAGAAGUCUUGUCAGAGAUCUCACCUCCAGCAGCUCCAGAAAUAGAGUUAGAUAAUGGUGUGGGUCCAGGGAGUGUUAUGAAAUUGUGCCUUGGGGGAAAAAGCCAGGAAAAUGUGGAGGGCCCAGGUCGGAGGGUAGAUAAGAAGCUGGAGGAAAUGGAAACCCACAUGAACCACCUCAGGUGUCUCUGCCGUCUCUGUGGAAUUGCCUUGAGGAAAGUUAAAGGUCCAGCGCAUGAAGUUCAUGAUGAUCUGGAGGAUGCGAGUAAAGGUGUCCUGCGGCAAAUGGGCUGCAAGUUCACAAGCUGGCCAGAGGUCAUCCUCAAAGUCUUCAAAGUGGACGUGACAGAGGACACAGAGUCCGUCCACCCGCUCUCCUUCUGCCAUCGCUGCUGGACGGCUGCCAUACGAGGAGGGGGCUUCUGCAGCUUCUCCAGAACAAGAGUCCCCGAGUGGAAUCCCCACUCCUCCUCCUGCCACCUUUGCUCACCCAAGAAAUGCUCAUUCCAGCGGACUGGGAGGAAGAGGAGGAAGACUAUUCCCAGAGUCCAGAGCCUCGCCAAGAGGAGCCGGUGGGAGCCCGGCGAGAACAUCGCUGUUGGAGAGCGGAGGGUUCUGAGACCCUUCGGAGAGCGUCACCCCCGACCUGUACUGAGGGGCUGGAGGAAAUCCAGCAUCCAGAGAGAGCUGUGGGUGGAGAAUAUCUCCCACUGCCAGAAACACCACCUGAGUACCAAGCUGAUCUCUGAGAAGCUCCCUGUGGACUUCCUGUAUUCUUUCACCUGCAUGGUGUGUGACCACCUGCUCUUUGAUCCGGUCCAGUCCCCCUGUGGACACCUGUUCUGCCGCAGCUGUAUUGCAAAAUACAACCACGCUCUGGGACCUCAGUGCCCGGCCUGCAACUUGCCCUGUGCCCCUGAUGAGCUCACCCCGCCCGCCAAAGCCUUCUUAUCAGCUCUGCAUUCUCUGCCUCUGCUGUGCCCCAGAGGUGGCUGUGGCGAGCGCGUUAGGCACGACUCGUUCAACGCUCACUCUCAGGACCAUGACCUAAAUAUGAACAAUGCAAACAAGCAGUCACCAGAACUUGAUAAGUUCCUGCUUGCCAAUAAAGGGGGACGGCCCCGUCAGCACCUGCUGUCGCUGACCCGGCGCGCCCAGAAGCAUCGGCUGAGGGACCUGAAGAACCAGGUGAGGUUGUUCACCGACAAAGAGGAAGGUGGCGACCUGAAGUCCGUGUGUCAGACCCUGUUCCUGCUCACGCUGAGAUCCAUAAACGAGCACCGGCAGGCAGAUGAGCUGGAGGCCAUGUUGCAAGGCAGAGGUCUUGGGUUGCAUCCUGCCGUGUGCUUGGCCAUUCGGGUCAACACUUUCCUGAGCUGCAGCCAGUAUCACAAGAUGUACCGGACUGUCAAAGCGACCAGUGGCCGCCAGAUAUUCCAGCCCCUGCACACCCUUCGCGCUGCAGAGAAGGAGCUUCUCCCUGGCUUUCACGAGUUUGAAUGGCAGCCGGCUCUUUCAAAUGUGUCCACCUCUUGCAAUGUUGGCAUUAUAAACGGGACCUCUGGAUGGACGUCCUCGGUGGACGACUCCCCGACUGAGACCGUCACGCGGCGGUUUCGCUAUGAUGUGUCACUGGUGUCAGCAUUAAAGGACCUGGAGGAGGACAUCAUGGAGGGGCUGACAGAGGCUGGGAUGGAAGACAGCGCUUGCACCUCAGGUUUUAGUGUCAUGAUCAAGGAAUGCUGUGACGGCAUGGGCGAUGUCAGCGAGAAGCACGGCGGAGGACCGGCUGUUCCCGAGAAGGUUGUGCGUUUCUCCUUCACCGUUAUGUCUGUCUCUGUCCUGGCCGACGGUGAAGAGGGGGAGGUCACCAUCUUCACCGAGCCGAAGCCAAACUCAGAGCUGUCCUGUAAGCCCCUUUGCCUGAUGUUUGUGGAUGAAUCCGACCACGAGACACUCACAUCUGUCCUGAGGCCAAUCGUCGCCGAGCGUAAUGCAAUGAAAGAGAGCAGGCUCAUCCUAUCCAUCGGUGGCCUGCCUCGCUUUUUCAGCUUCCAAUUCCGAGGCACGGGAUACGAUGAGAAGAUGGUGCGAGAGAUGGAGGGCCUGGAGGCCUCGGGCUCCACAUACAUCUGCACUUUGUGUGACUCAAGUCGAGCCGAGGCUUCUCAAAACAUGGUGCUGCAUUCCAUCACCCGCUGUCAUGAGGAGAACCUUGACCGUUACGAAAUAUGGAGAACGAACCCUUUCUCUGAGUCUGCAGACGAGCUGCGAGACAGAGUCAAAGGCGUCUCGGCUAAGCCCUUCUUGGAGAUCCAGCCCACAAUGGAUGCGUUACACUGUGACAUUGGCAAUGCCACUGAAUUCUACAAAAUCUUCCAGGACGAGAUUGGGGAGGUGUACGACAAGGUCAAGCCCAGCCGGGAGGAGCGGCGCAGCUGGAGGGCAGCCCUGGAUAAACAGCUGAGGAAGAAGAUGAAGCUCAAACCAGUAAUGAGGAUGAAUGGGAACUAUGCCCGAAAGCUAAUGACCAUGGAGGCUGUGGAGGUGGUGUGUGAUCUGGUGCCCUCAGAGGAGAGGCGGGAGCCCCUGAGGGAGCUGAUGAGGCUCUACAUCCAGAUGAAGCCUGUGUGGCGCGCCACCUGUCCAGCCAAGGAAUGCCCCGACCAGCUGUGCCGCUACAGCUUCAACUCCCAGCGCUUUGCAGACCUCUUGUCCUCUACCUUCAAAUACAGGUACAACGGCAAGAUAACCAACUACCUCCACAAGACCCUGGCCCACGUGCCUGAGAUCAUAGAGAGAGACGGUUCCAUCGGAGCAUGGGCCAGCGAGGGGAACGAGUCGGGAAACAAACUGUUCAGGCGUUUCCGGAAGAUGAACGCACGUCAGUCGAAGACCUUUGAACUGGAGGACGUGCUGAAACAUCACUGGCUCUACACCUCCAAGUACUUGCAGAAGUUCAUGGAGGCGCACAAAGACUCAGCCAAAGCUCUGCAGGGUAGCAUCAACCCUGUAGAGACACAGGAUGACGAGAAUGUGAGAGUGAAUGAUUUCUGA